UAUAAUACAUAACACAUACACCCUUCAUUCGAUCGGCAAAAUUUCUCUUUCGGCAGCACACAAAAAACUGUUGUAAAUUAACGUAUCUGUACCGUGUUCUUUCGUUGGGUUAUUGGUCCUAAGUGUAAAGACUGCCUGUUUUCCCGGUUUUCCUCCAGACCGUAUUCAGAUAACCGCAGAUAAGCCCAACGAAGCCGCUACAAAAAAAGGUAAAGGAAAAGUCUUGAGAACAGCCAUCAACUACCGAAUCCCCGAGCCGAAAUCGCAUCUGAAGAAGCGUCGUUCAGAGAUCGCAACUCAAGGAACUGCCUCUCGCCCACGCAUUUUGGGAAUAUCGAAGUAUUCGAGAUUUUAAAAUUCGCAAACAAGUAAAUCCUGGCAGUGGAAGAGCAAUGGAGGACUUGCAUCUGAAGCUCGGCGAUUUGCCGCAACAAGCAUUGGCCGCCCGGCACAGUUUGAUAUUGGGCUCCAAGCUGGGUGGUGCAAUUGGUGGACCCCACCAUCAUCAUCAUCUCCGUCACCAUCAUCCCCUGAAUCGCCAGCUCAACCAGCUGAACCAGCUGAACCAGCUGAACCAACUGAACCAGCUGAGCCAGUUGAGCCAGUUGAAUCAGUUAACUCAGCUAAAUCAUCUGACACAAUUGAGCCAGCUGCAGCAGCACCUGCACCACCAACUGCAUCUCACAUCCGGUCUGAAUCUCAACUUGGGCUUGGGCCACAAGAUGCAGCACCUGACCCGCCAAAUGCACAUGGGCCUGGGGGGUCUGGGACUGGGUCUCCAGCGGGAUCUCGACCUGGAUAUGGGUGGACAUUUGGAGGACGGCAGCAGUGCGAAUAGCACCAGCAGCAGUACCAGCACCACGAGCAGCACCAGCACGAGCAGCGAUCAGGGGCAAGGACAUGGUUCUGGGACUGGAGUUGGAGUUGGUGGACCAAAGUGGCCCCAAGGCCCAGUCCCCGAUGCCCACGCCCAUGGCCCUGCCCAGGAUAAUGGUGAUUCGCCGAGUGUCAAGGGCAGUGUUGUUAAAGAAACGGAGUGCAAGACGGAGGAGGGCGAUUCGCUGGCGGUGUGCAAAAAGGAUCUGGACAAGAAUCUGCUCGAUAAGCUGAAGCCCUCUGCCUCCGUUCUGCUGAAAGCGGCCAACUCCAAGUUGAAUGCCGAUGCCAUGGCCUAUACGAUGCCCAGUGCCACAAUGGAGACCCUCUACGAUGGCGGACUCUUGCCCAAGCCGAGCCACAGUGCUCCCUCGCAGCUGCCUCGAGACUUUAGGCUGAAUGCCGAGGCGGCUGUCUUCAAGCCCUCUUUGCUGGGCAUUGGUUCGCUGGCUCCGGUUCAGCUACCACUUCCGGUUCCGCAAUCACUGCUUUCGACGGUAUCGCUACCCCUACUUCCGGCCAUUUCGCAGGGGGUUCUGUCGGCCAUCUCUCAGCCCCUACUGCCCACGCCAUCACACCUCCUGGACCAGGACUUUCCGCCCCUCCAAGGUAAUCAUCAUCAUCAUCACCAUCAUCAUCUGAUGCAUUCAGUGCAGCGUCAUGGCGGCAAACCCUAUGUCCGUUGGCGCAAACAGCCACUGCCGGACCUCUUCACCGCCGUCCUCUCGCUGAUGAGGGAACACUCGCGAUCGGUCAGCUAUCCGGAGAUCAUAAACACCCUGGCCCUGAGGCUCCAGCGACCGGAGGUCGAGCUGAAGCGCCAUGUGCCGCACACCCUGCACGCCGCCGUCAAUAAUGGGUAUCUGAAGAAGGACGGCAAUCGGUAUUCGCUGGUCUCCGAAAUGGAACAGCUGGAGAUCAUGCGACGGAACCAGGAGGCGGCCAUGCGGGCCAGGGAGCUGGAGAAGGAGCCAUUGUCCUGGCGCAAGCGUUAGUCCAUCCAUAUGCAUAUGAUACUGGAACAUUCGCAUACCACAAUACGGCACCCUGCAUUCCACAUCGACAUCAUCUUCAUCGAUAUUCACUGCACUUCGUAUCUUUCGGCUUCAUCACUUUUAUAUCCUUGAGCUAGCACAGCACUCGCGGCUAUGAGCAUGUAGUCCUGUGAGUCGCACCACCCAGAGCCCCGAGUCCUGUGCCGCCGACGAGCCCUGCAAUAUGGUUUUACUGUACGUGAACUGCGUCCGCGGACCAGCGAUCCGUGUGAUCCUCGAUACGUGACCCGUGCUCCUCGAAUCGUGAUCAGUGAUACGUGAUCCUCGGUCCGCCCAUGAAGUCACGAUGACGAAUGUAUAUAUACAUACUCUAUAUAUAUAUAUAUAUAUAUUAGCCCAAUGGGGACGGCCUUUUGUCGAACUGCUGUCUCCAGAGGAUGUUUCGUUUGCCUGAUGUUCCCAAUUGCGUUCCAACACAGAAACAAUCGAGUUCUCCUGGUUCAGCGCUUUUAAAAUUUCAAGCUAUUCGGCUUGUGUACCGAAAAACUGAAGAAUUCGCGUGGUUUUUUUGGUUGGAAUAAAACACGCUAUAAGCAUGGACACUUUUAAUUUGAAACAAUGCAGUUUAUCCAAAUCGAGAACAUCUCUACGCUUUGGACUUUACAAGU